AAGGAAAGUAUGAUCGACUGUGCAACAUCAAGAAACAUUAUGAUCCGUUGGGCGUGUUCACUCCAAACAGAUUUUGCAUCUGCCUCCCGCCUCUGGAAAUACAACCUUCGGAGACCGCAAAGAGAGAAGUUGGCGCUAUGGAACUUGAGGAAGGUGAUUCUGCAGACAAAUUUUGGAGAAUGGUGAAGAUAAAGAGAGAGGUCGGCAAGCCUGUUCCUCUGUGGGAUAUCUGGCGCGCUUAA